ACAGACCUGCCCCUCGAAACACUGAAAGAGCGUUUAGUAGCGAAUGAUGAUAUCCUCUCCGCUUGACCUGCCGCUCUCCCCAGCCAACGGUACAAGUACCGCUACCAGCGUCGUCUCAGACGGCCAGGAGAAAGUGGGAUUCACACAGGACGCGAUGCAAGACAGCGGUGGGACGAAGCACGGGGAAAGGGAGGACAGAGAAGAGGAUUGGAGGAGGGACAGGGAGGACGAGGAAGGGAGGGAUGGAGAGGGCCGCUUGCGCCGGGCGGCUUUGGCGGAGAAAGACUACGCAGAGGACAACGAGGGCAAUGGAGGGGUGGAAGAAAGUACGAGUGAGGUGGCGGAAAGGCAGGAGGCGGUGGGGUCGGAGGAGGGAGGGAAGGAGGGCGAGGUGGAGGGGGCGGGGGAGGGCCCUCCGGUGCGGGAGGAAGAGAACGACGGGACCUUCGUCCAUCUGUCGAACCUGCGCUUGAAC